UCCUCGCGAUAAAAUACACUCAGUUUGGUAAGUGCGUAAAAUAUCGUGCGGCGGGCUAAGCGGGAAAAUAAAUAUUUGUUACGUCCGAAAUUGCGUUUUAUCGUGCCAAUUAAAUAUGUAUUGUUUAAAUUCCGUCACACGGGGGGAUCCUAGCGGGCGCUCUGUGGAUUCUCUGCGACGCUACUAUUGGACGCCAUUUUCCCAAAUUUGUCGGCCGUAACACUGGAAUAGCCGGCCAUUGUUAUGUAUUUAUGCACCGGCCGGGUAAUUACGCAUGCUUACUGUGUGUUCCAAGAAUGAAGAAGGUGUUUGUGUGCUAGGGUCUGUUAUACAGGCACUACUUGCAUCCUUUAAAUGAACGAAGAGUCACGAGCGGCGAAUUGGACGCACUGGCCUGCUUCUUCUUCGCGAAGUGUCCAUCGAUGGCCGGGAUUCAAGAAAGGAGGAUUACUCGAACACGGUUCGACACUUCUUUUUGAAGUAUAAGAGGUGCGCCGCCGUCAUGGACAACUUCAGCAGUCUGUUCGGCGACGACAGCCUGGGCCUGGGCCUGGAGGGGCUGGAGUCGUUCGGCAGCCAGCCGCAGGCCACGCCCGUGCCCGUCACCGAGGAGACGCCGUCCGCCUUCCAGCCCAGUCCGGCCGUGUCACAGAGUAACUACACGUCACUGGGGCCGCCGAUGCAGCAGCCGAAGCCAGGCUACGGCGGCCAGCCGCCGGGCUUCCCGGGCUACGGUCAGCCGCAGCCGGCGCAGGCGUACCAGCCGUACCGGCCGCAGCCGUCAGCCGGCGGCCUGGGACCGCAGACCAGCCUGGCCGGCUCGCUGUCGGAGCAGGGCCAGCUGCCGCAGCCGCAUCACUCGUACCGGUACCCGCAGCAGCCGCAGCCGCAGCAGUACCCGUACAGCUCGGCCAGCGCGCCGCACCAAGCCGGCAUGGCCGCCCAGUACGUGGGCUUCAUGCCCGGCCAGCGCAUGCCGCGGCCCGGUCAGAUGUCGCCGCAGCAGACGCCGCAGCAGGGCCGCAUGCGCGUCAUGAGCCCGCUGGCGGGCGGACCGCGCGCGCCCAUGUCGCCCGGCGGCCUGGUGAACCGCUCGACGCCGCACAGUCCCAGCCUGGGCCCGCGCACGCCCACCUCGCCGGCGCAGUGUGCUGUCAGCGGCCCCUCCGGUCUGCCCGGCUUCUUGAGCAUGAAGGACGCGGCCGGGACCGAGCCGCCCACCUCAGCCGCAGCCAUGAACAGUCUGUCGGGCGCGGCAGAUUCGGCGCAGGCGGACAUGAUGCCCGGCAUGGGCAAGGCCCAGCAGCCGCCGGGCGGCAUGUUCCCGCGCCAUCAGCAGCCGCAGAUGUAUCAGCAGUCGCACGCCUACCAGAUGCAGCAGCACCAGCAGCAGAUCGGCUGA